UGUGUGUUAGUCCAUGAGGUGCGGGGGACGCCUGCCUGCUAUCCUGCGGUCUGUGACAGAGCGAUUCGAGUGAAGCACCGCCAUGGCUGGAGUGUUUGACAUUGAUUUGGACCAGCCGGAGGAAAAUGUCUCCGACGAUGAGAACGAGGAGGCGCAAUGCAAUGACAUCAUGGACCAGUGCAGUGGAUUUGAGUUCAACAUGGACGACUGUGAGAAGAUUGAGAUAUCGGAGGACAACGUCAACCAGGGGACAGAGAACAUAAGACCUGAGUGCUUCGAGCUGCUGCGGGUUUUAGGGAAAGGCGGUUAUGGAAAGGUUUUUCAAGUUCGGAAAGUUGUCGGCCCCGCUCCUGGCAAAAUAUUUGCCAUGAAAGUUUUAAAAAAGGCUAUGAUUGUACGCAACGCCAAGGACACAGCCCACACCAAGGCGGAGAGGAACAUCCUGGAAGAGGUGAAGCAUCCCUUCAUUGUGGAUCUCAUCUAUGCCUUCCAGACGGGAGGGAAGCUGUACCUCAUCCUGGAGUACCUGAGCGGAGGAGAGCUGUUCAUGCAGCUGGAGAGGGAGGGCAUCUUCAUGGAAGACACAGCCUGUUUCUACCUGGCAGAGAUCUCCAUGGCUCUGGGCCAUCUGCACCAGAAGGGCAUCAUCUACAGAGAUCUAAAGCCUGAAAACAUCAUGCUCAACAGUCAAGGCCACGUAAAGCUGACAGACUUCGGACUGUGUAAAGAGUCCAUUCACGACGGCACAGUCACCCACACUUUCUGCGGUACCAUCGAAUACAUGGCCCCGGAGAUCUUAAUGAGAAGCGGACACAACAGAGCAGUGGACUGGUGGAGUUUGGGCGCUCUGAUGUACGACAUGCUCACAGGAGCGCCACCGUUCACUGGCGAAAACCGAAAAAAGACCAUCGACAAGAUCUUGAAGUGCAAGCUCAGCCUCCCACCCUACCUCACACAAGAAGCCAGAGAUCUCCUUAAACGGUUGCUGAAGAGAAACGCCUCGUCGCGGCUGGGAGCAGGAGCAGGAGAUGCCACAGAGGUGCAGGCUCAUCCCUUCUUCCGACACAUCAACUGGGAGGAUUUGCUGGCUCGAAAAGUGGAGCCUCCUUUCAAACCCUUCCUGCAAUCAGCUGAUGACGUGAGUCAGUUUGACUCGAAAUUCACCAGUCAGACACCCGUGGACAGUCCAGAUGACUCAACCCUUAGUGAGAGUGCCAAUCAAGCCUUCCUGGGUUUCACAUAUGUUGCUCCAUCAGUCCUGGAAAACAUCAAAGAAAGGUUCUCAUUUGAGCCAAAAAUCCGCUCACCUCGGCGGUUCGUGGGCAGCCCGAGAACACCUCUCAGCCCCGUCAAGUUCUCAACAGGGGACUGCUGGACCCGAAGCGCCCUCCUCCCAGGUGGAGGACCGAGUCUCUUCCAGUCUCCUCAGGACCAGGCCAUGGAGCUGUCCACCCCAGAGCAGAUGGACACAACGACCAGCUCCGAGGCCUCGGCCCCUCUUCCCAUCCGCCAGCCUGCCGGGGUCAACCUGGGUCAGAUGAAGCAGCAAGCGUAUCCCGUCGUGGCUAAACGGCCCGAACAUCUACGUAUGAACCUAUGACCCACCGCACCUCUUUAGGAGAAUUUAUUUCUUGACUCUUAUUUUUUUUUUCUUUCUUUUUUUGUUGAUAUUUUUUAAGAAACAAAGCAAAAAGAUAUGAAUGCUAGAGACAAUGAAAAUCAAAAAUUGCACAUCUGCACACUACAUAUACUGUCACAGCCUGGAGUUUGUGCGUGGGUCCGGGACUCCAGCGUGCUGCGGUUUAAAUGCUACCGACUACAUCACCAUCUCACCUCAACACCUCAGGUCUCAUGGCCUUUAUCCUCUGACCCCGCCCCCUCCCUCCCCCCUCCCUUGCUGAACUGGACUAGUAGGACUGGAAUCUUUUUAGGAGCUACAGCCUUUGUGCGACCUGGAAAUCAGAGGCGAUAAUGUAUCACACAAUGUGCAAACAAUUGACCCUAAAAUGCAGUCGGUCUACUGUACGAGACAACGUCCAAAAUGCUUUGUGCUAUUUGAAUGAGCUCCAGGGAGGAAAUUGCUUCCAUUGGGAGAUUUUGACAGUACUUCUUCUUAGACAAUAAACACUUCCUGGCUCUGAAUGAAAUGAUAUAAAUUAGAUUUAUUAUUGAUAAAAGAUCAAAUUAAUUAUUGUGAGCGGCGGACAAGCAGAGGUUCCGCUAUAUAGCUUUAUGUCUUACAAAACGGAUGCAUUAACUGUGCUUUACAUCGAUGAGGAAUCAGAGAGGGUAAAUUAAAUUAGUAUUAGUGUCGUGGAUGACUUGUGGAAUGGCUUAUUUGAUGUGGGAUCCAUCCUUCAAUUAUCUGCUCUUCAGCCACUAUCCCUAAUGGAAAAGCAAAAAAAAAAUGAGUAGAAUCGAGUUGAGCCGAGUAAUGCUAGAACUGUAUAAUGGAUAAGCACCAUUAGGGAUGUAUCACUGGAUUAGUUGACACAUCACCAGACAUAAUUCAGCUUGAUGAAAUGAUAGCGUGACUCACUCUCCCAUCAACACCCAAAACUCAAACUGAUCUCAGUGCUGCUCUGUGUGUUUCCCCUCCUCACACACACACACACACACACUUCUUCCUCUGGCCACCUAGGGGACUGCAGGCCCUGGUGGUGGCGCUGGGACAUCAGACCCCGUCUGACCCCCGGAGUGAUUUCAUAAUGGAGACUGUGUCGCCAGUUGAUCUGGACACCGUCUGCAGUUGUGGGAUUUAAUGCUCCAGAAACUUGGUGCAACAUUUAUAGCCUCUUGCAUCAGCGCUCACUUGUUUAGGAGGGAAUUUUUAAAAUUCCUGAAAA